CUGGCUGAGCCACCAAGAGUGUCCUAAACAAAAUGUGCAUUUGUCAUCGUUUUUCCUAGAUCCAAAGUGCGCCUUGGGUAUACCGCGAUGGCAGAGAUCAGAGAGGAAGCCUCUUGGGGCAAUUUCUCAGAGGAGGAUGAGCUUAGAGAGGAAAGUCCUAUCGCUGAGGUCUUGGGUGCGAUCCUUCUCCUCAUGUUUCUUCUUGGUAUGGCAGGAAAUAUCUACACACUUGUGGUAGCCUUUGGGAGCACAUCUGUCCGCUCAACAGGUUCUUUGUGUGUGUAUGUAAUCAACCUGGCAUUUGCUGACAUACUCUACCUUUCCACCAUCCCUUUUGUGGUCUACACCUAUUUUGCCCAGGACUGGUUUUUUGGGGACAUGGGCUGUCGGAUUUUGCUUAGUCUUGACCUGCUUACAAUGCAUGCGAGCAUCUUCACAUUGACCAUCAUGAGCGUGGAGCGUUAUUGGGCAGUGACUAGGCCACUGAGGGUCAGGUGGGCCCGAAAUAGCUACCGCAAACUUGCUAUUGUGGUAGUUUGGCUUAUCUCCAUGUUGCUUACAGUUCCUAUGAUGAUCAUGAUCCAGGAAAGGGAAGGAAGAAACCACAAGCGGAUUUGUUCCCCCACAUGGACACCUGAUGCUUACCGGGUUUAUCUCACGAUUCUCUUCAGUACCAGCAUCCUUGGUCCUGGCUUGGUCCUGGCUGUGGUUUACUCCCAUCUUGCUUGGACCUAUUGGACCUCAAUGAAAAUCAUGCAGCCAACGGUAAUGGGCAGAGUCUUGAGACAGAAGUUGUUCUCCAGGAUCUUCAGCAUCAUUGUUGCGUACUGGGCUUGCUUUGUGCCAUUCUGGGCAUGGCAACUAGUCAAACUCUAUGGUUACGAUGAGCUGGAGAUUGGGCCAACUGCUCAGGCAUAUCUCAACUUUGGCGUUACUUGCUUGACCUAUGGCAAUAGCUGCAUCAACCCAUUUUUUUACACUCUUCUCACCAGGAAUUACCAGCAAUACAUGGCAGAGCAAGGUGGGGAGAGAAAAGGUGGGGGCUAUAUGCUCUUUAGGAAGAGAAUAUGUGAAAACCCUCAAGCAGAAUGUAUAUCUGUGGCACAAGGAGGAGUGGUUGAAUAAAGAUGACUAAGGUUACCCACU